GACAGGUCUGAUCAGAAUGAAUAUUGUGUGGUGAAGGAGAUAUGUCAUUACAAAUCGCUAAUCAUAAAUUAUACAAUCGCCAAUUCGUGUACGAUGACUGACGACACUCACGACAGUCAAUAAAAUAAUAUAAGAUUUCGAAUCGAUGUGUAACUUUGGAUAUGUUUAACUUCCGUACCGUGUAAUACCGAGGAAAUCGAGUUCCGUACUUAAAAGUGUUACCCAUCUUCUACCGAUAAUAUUCGUCGUAAUUGCCCUCCUUUUUCUGCUGCACAGUAUGUUUUCAGGAUUAAACAAUAUUAUGUAUUUGUCAACAAGAAAAAAAAAUCACCUUGAUUAAUCAAAACGUAUCAUCAACAUGAUACUAUAAAUUAUUCACAUGUUUUUGACAAUAAAUAAUUUCUGCUCAUCGUUGGCUGUACCUGUGGUUGUUGAUCUGUGUCCUCAUAAAGUCCAAGUUUUGUUAUAUGUAGUUUGAGGUUAAAUAUUCAAAACUAUAGCUAUCAUGAGCCUCUGUAAUUUGUUAAGGGUUCCACCCAUAUUUAUUAUGGAUGAACUCUUCAAAACUAGUUUCGGGUUUCCAGAUUUGGCUGAUAUAGUAUUUCCAGUAAAUAAUGAGUUUGUAAAUAGCACACUCAGUCAGAUUGAGAUCAGCGAGUCCGCACAAUAUUACAAGGCCAUAUUUCUAUCCUUCAUCAAAAUAAUUGUAUCCUGUUUGAUAUUUUGUUCGUCGUCAUGUUUAUUUGUUCUACCUGCCAGAUACUUAUAUCUAGUGUACUUCCAUGUAGUUUCUGUCUGUAUUGUACUUCUUUCUUAUUGGGCAAACAUACAAACACUAAAAGUUAUAUACGGAAAAUAUGAAAACUUUGAAACUGAUGCUUUUAAUAAAGAUAUAACAUGGGAUGUAGAUGGAUUUUUAUAUCUUCUUACAGAAUUACAAAUCGCACAUUUUUUAUACCUGUUAUUCCGCAAUUUAAUCCUACAGUGUUGUUUAUCUUUAGUAUUUGACUUUUUACAAGUCUUUACAACAAAUCAAUCAAUCCAUAAAGUUUUCAGCUUUAGCUUUACUAUUCCUACUUUAGUCGCAUUUUUACCCGGUACUUGGAGACAUGGAUUUUUGAAUACAGUUACGGUAUUAUCAACAUUGUUGCCAUUGUUUAUAAUGCUGAAAACAUUAUGGUUAAAUCUAUUUACAAUUACAAAUUUAAUUCGUAAUGGAUAUAGUCGUACACGAGAGACCAUCAAUAAUUAUGGAAUAUCUGCUCUGGUUGAAGUGGAAUGGACUCGUCUCCAAAUUCCAAGUGUUCUACGAAUAUUUUGGGCCAUACGAGUAUUGGAACAAAUUUUAUACCUGUUAACUGAUAUGGAAAUACAAAAUGAAACAUUAUUUGGAGCUGUGAAAUAUUUGUUAAUUAAAGGCUGUGACACAUUUACCGCUGUUUUAGGAAUGACAAGUUUUGUAUCAUACUUUUGUCAUUAUAUUGGAGCUUUCUUCCAAUGGGUGCUCUUAACUGAUGACGUCGAUGACAAAAGUAUUGGAACAAUUUCUGCAGUAUUAUUUUAUAUACUAGCUUUGCAGACUGGACUAACAGGUUUAGAUCCAGAAAAGCGCUUUAUAAGACUCUAUCGUAAUGUUUGUUUACUUUGUGCUGCCCUACUGCAUUACAUUCAUAAUGUGGUUAAUCCUUUAUUAAUGUCUUUGAGUGCUUCACAUAAUCCUUCACUUAAUAGACAUUUAAGAGCUCUUUUAGUUUGCGGAUUUCUUAUAGUGUUUCCAAUCACUAUGUUGACAUACUUGUGGUCUCACCAUUCAGUUAGCACUUGGCUACUAGCAGUUUCUUCUUUCAAUAUUGAAAUUAUUAUAAAAGUAUUGGUAUCAUUAGCUGUCUAUUCAUUGUUCUUAAUUGAUGCCUAUCGCACAACCUUUUGGGAGAAAUUAGAUGAUUAUGUGUAUUAUAUCAAAUCAUUUGGCAAUACGGUGGAAUUCUGUUUUGGCAUCUUUCUGUUCCUGAAUGGCGUUUAUAUUAUGGCUUUUGUAUCUGGUGGUGCUGUCCGUGCAUCCAUGAUGUGUAUACAUGCAUAUUUCAACAUAUGGUGUGACGCUAGGGAUGGAUGGAGAGUAUUUAUUAAACGCCGUACAGCUGUGAAAAAAAUUGAAUCUUUACCAGAAGCAACUAGCGCCCAAUUAUCUGAAUUGGAUGAUGUCUGUGCCAUAUGUUAUCAAAAUAUGGGAUCAGCAAAAAUUACUAAAUGCAAUCAUUAUUUCCACGGUGUUUGUCUGCGUAAAUGGCUCUAUGUACAGGAUCGAUGCCCAUUAUGUCAUGAUAUUUUAUACAAAGCAGAAACGUCAAAUGUCCAGACACAAGAUACAAACCACUUACAAGAUCUUCAAAAUGUUAUUGAUGCUGAUAAUUCUUAGUUACUUUUUACUGAUUAGAUUUUAUCAUAAACCUCUACCCAAUUUGACAAUUUAGACUAAUAAUCAAAAUAUUUGAUUUUUAAAAAAAAUAAUUUUAUACUCCUUAAAUGUUUACUGUACUUCUAAGUGGCUCUAAAUUUUAUAAAAUUACUAAUUGUAAAAAAUUUGAUAAAUAUUAAACCUUUUUAGAAUUUUUAAUUAAAAAUAAAGGUUAAAAUAUUUCUAUUAUUUCUCAAUUGAGUAUAGUAUAUUAUACGGAUGUUGCAUUAAUUACUGUAUGUACUUCAGAUAUUUGUAAAUUGUAUAAGACACUUGUUUAAUGUAAAGCUUAUUACUGUAUUGAUUUAUUUUUUAAUAUUAUUUUAAUACAUCACAUAUAUAUUUGUUUUUAGUUUUAUUUACUAAAGCUAAUAUAUUUUAG